AUGUAUUCCGAAAAGCAGAGCUCAGGCGCCACCGUCACGCCGCGACUGGUCAUCCACGGCGGUGCAGGCAACAUUGUCCGGCAUGGCUUCCCGGUGGAAAAGUAUGACCAAUAUAGAAAGGCUCUUCUCAGAAUUGUCACAAACACUCAUGCGUACAUGACCACCACUAUCAGCAACGGCAAAGACAGCAACGGCUGCACGGCCAUGUCUGGCCCGCGCCGUCCCUCGGCGCUGGAGGUAGCUACACAUGCCGUGGUGCAGCUCGAAAACGACGCGCUCUUCAACAGCGGCCACGGCGCCGUCUUUACGCGCGACGGCAUCAACCAGCUCGAGGCCUCGGUCAUGGUCUCGCGGGGCUUCAAGAAGCGCGGCGUCGGCGUCAUGGGCCUUCGGCGCGUGCGCAACCCCAUCCUCCUCGCGCGGCGCAUGCUCGAGCACGGCGAGCAGGACCUCGCCGGCGGCCAGGAUGAGCUCGAGCCCCGCGGCCUGGACGCCCCCUCGGCCCAGGGCCACACGCAGCUCUACGGCGAGGCGGCCGAGCAGCUCGCGCGCCAGUACGGCUGCGCCAUGAUCGAGCCGAGCUACUUCUUCACGCAGCAGCGCUGGGACGAGCACGUCCGGGCGCUGGACAAGGAGAGGCAGGGAAAGUCCUUUGGCACGUGGGCGGCCGACGAGUACCUCCCGCAGGGCACGUGCGGCGCCGUCGCCAUGGACGAGCACGGCGUCGUCUGCGCGGCGACCAGCACCGGCGGCAUGACCAACAAGCUGACGGGCCGCGUCGGCGACACGCCCGUCCCCGGCGCGGGUUUCUGGGCCGAGGAGUGGACGGAAGAGGGCGAUCCGACGGGCCAAACCUCGUCGUGGGACAAACUUCUACGCUCCGUCACAACGGCCAGCUCGCCCAUUGAAUUUGCCGGCCCCCUGCGGGGAUUCCUCGCCGAAUGCCUGCCCACGCCCUUUACGUACAGGCCCGUCGCUCCGUCCAGCGCGCGAGCCACGACGACGCGGUCCCUGGGCGCCUCGGGCACCGGCAACGGCGACUCCUUCCUGCGCGUGAACGCGGUGCGCACCGUCGCGGCCAUGGCCCGCUGGAAGCCCGAGCCCGGCGCGGCGGCCCUGCGCGGCGUCGCCGGGCCGGGCGGCGAGCUGCAGCGCAGCGCGGGCGACCGCUGGGGCGUCACGGGCGAGGGCGAGGGCGGCAUGAUUGGCAUCGAGGGCGUGGUGACGCGCGAUGCAGACGGCCGCGUGGUCGCCGCCCGCGGCGAGAUCCUGAUGAGCUACAACUGCGGCGGCAUGUACCGCGCGUGGAUCGAUGACGAGGGCAGGCCGGUGAUGAGCAUCUGGUCCAACACGACGCGGGAUGAGAUGCCUGACGGCGACCACUUUGGGUGA